AUGCCAAACUUCGAGCAGCAAACCUCAUUCUCAAGAAAGUCAAGGAGCUCAUUAUCAAUAUCUUCUACAUCUGGAUCAAUGCCUUCAACUUAUGCGCUUCGUAAUCCUAUUUAUAACACUGACAUGAAAAAUAUUUUAGUGUUAGAACAAGGGUUGGUCAUCCCAAAACAACAAAAUGCCAAGGCCAGUGGGCGAAAAGUCUUGGAUAAAUCGUUUUUCAAGGGUUUAUUACUUCAGAAGAAAACGGAGCUUCAAAAUGAGAUUGACAAACUUGUGAAAGAUAUUUACCAUUUCAGUCAAGAGCUGUCGUCAAAACCGUUUUACCAAAAGGAAGCAGAGACUUUAGCGAAAGAAAUUCAAGAACUUCGAUUUAAAUUUUCGAUUUAUAAUAUAGUAGAUGAUAUAACAACAACGGAAAUCGAAAUGGUUGAUGCGGAAAAGGAACUUGAUAUUCUAAGAGCUCAAAACUCCUUGAUGAUGAAAUCAAUUGAGAAACUAUUUAACUUGCAAAAAAAGAAAGAAUGCGUGGUAAAAGAAUUACUGUCAGGCAUAAAUGAAGAAUCAAAUAUUUCGGACAUUCUGAAACUUACGGCUAGUACGGAAAUGCAAAACAAAAUCUCAGACUUAAAGAAAAUUGAUAUGGAGCUUUCAUCACAGCUUGAAACUCAAAACGAAGAACUACAUCGAUUUGAAUCUGUAAGAGAAACUCUUGAACUUCAAUUAUCAAAGCUAGACCAAGUACAAGCUAAAGAGUUGCUAGUGAAACUGCAGAAAUUAAAGCAGAAAAAAGAAGAACAAUUAUUUUUGUUUAGAGACUUAUCUUCGGAAGAUUUGCUUGAAAAAGAAAAAGCCGAAAAUGAAGAUCUUCUCUUAUACAUUCUGAAAUGUACACGUAUUGUGAAUGGGAAUAUAUCAAGAAUGAAAAAUUACGUGCAAGAUCUCAAGAAAGAAGACUCAUUAAAUGCCGAACGGUGCAUCAACUACGAUAAACUCAAAAGUAAAGAAGAAAUAAUUGAUAACUUUUUAUCAAGUUUCGAUGAAAAUCGCAUACAGCUCAUGAAUACAAUCGAAUAUUUGCAACAAAAAAUAGUCAACCUUUCUUAUGUGACUGAGUCAGGUGUUCCAGAAAAAGAAAUAAGUUCAGAAGAGGACAUUUUGGUCAAAAAGCAAUAUGAAUUGUUGGGAAAGUUAAGUGCCUUAGAUUCUUUAGGAUCAAAAAUAUAUGAAGAACUGAAAAAUUUCAAUGAAGAGAUAUUCAAGCUUCAAACUAAAUGUGAAGCUCUGAAUGCUCUCUCCAAGGAUGACAUAUAUCGUGUGGCUCAAAUGAAAAUUAAAAAUUUGUUAAAAGAGAAAAAAGGUCUUCUAAAGAAAAAGCGUUGCAUGCUAUUCGUUGUUGAUGAACUUGAUAGGACAUUAAAGCAUUUGCAAAAAAAGUUAAAUGAAAAUCAAGUUCAUUUAGAGCUCCGCGAGUUAGAAAAUAAAUGGCAUAAAUUAGAGCAGGAAAACUUUGCAAUGAAAGAAUUUAUUGUUGCUAAAAGGGAAGAGAUGAAUUAUUUACCUGUUAAAGAAAAUGAUAUACCAGUUCGGAAGUUCAUCGUCAAAAGUGGCUACAAUCCCAACAACCGAACAUUUCCCACGUGA